AUGUUGAUUAAUAAUGCGGCUUCUUCUUCAAGCAUAAGUGCUUUUCCAUGGAAACAAUUCUGGUCGUUCAAACAUAUUCAGCCAAAAAUUCAGAUUUUUAUUUGGAAGGUCAUCCACAAUGGUAUCGCAGUCAAACGCAAUAUCCACAGAUUUGUUUCUGGGAUCAACACUAAUUGUUCUUUCUGUCAUCAAGACGAGGAAUCUAUUGCUCAUCUCCUUAUUGACUGUCCGUGGUCGAGAAUAGUAUUUGAGAAGGCUGGUUUGAGUGUUAUUGCUUUACCUAAGGUGACCAACUUGUUUUCUCUUUUUGCUGAAUGGAUGGAAGGUGACCUCAAUAAUGACUUUGUGAAAAGAUUAUGCAUCAUGUGGAAUAUUUGGAAACUGAGAAACGACAUUAUUUUCUCGAACUCUAAUAUUUCAGAAGACUUGGUUCUUAAAAGAUCUUCUCAGGACUUCGAUUUGUGUAUGGCUGAUGGUGUAAGUGAUAAUAAUGUGAAUUUUUCAACAACUUGCAAUCCUUCUUGGUAUCCUGCUCAUUAUCCCUACGUCAAAAUCAAUGUGGACGCGGCUUUUGUGCCAAAUAAUGCUGCAGCGGGUGCUAUUGCUCAUGACCAUAAUGGUCGUUUUGUAGGCUGUGAAACUAAAACUUUUGAAGCAACAUCAUCCUUAUUGGCUGAAGCUGUAGGUUGCCGACUUGGAAUGGAGUUGGGAAAGAAAUUUGGCUUUAAGAAAAUCAUAAUUGAAGGGGAUGCGACCAAUAUUACCUCUGCUAUUCUUGGCGAGGUUGCGAAUAUUCCUUGGAGUAUUAGGUAUGUUAUCCUUGAGAUUAGAGAUUCUGUUGCUCUUUUUGAUGAUGUAAAGUUUCUGUCAGUUCCAAAAGUGCAAAUAGUAUGGCUCAUAUACUGUGUCAAUAUGCUAUGCAUGAUUCUGUAA